CCUCGGAGGCGCUUCCCGCACGCGCGCGCGCCAUGAAGCUGCUGCGGCGCGCGUGGCGGCACCGGACGGCGCUGGGCCUGGGCGGCCUGGCGCUCUGCGGCGCUGGGCUUCUCUACCUGGCCCGCUGCGCCGCCGACGGCCCCCACCCGCUUCCCGGCCGCAGCCCCCCACCUGCCGAGUCCGCGCGCGCCGCCGCCUUCCUGGCCGUGUUGGUGGCCAGCGCGCCGCGGGCGGCCGAACGGCGCAGCGUGGUCCGCGGCACGUGGCUGGCGGCGGCGCGGCGCGGCAGCCCGGGCGACGUGUGGGCGCGCUUCGCGGUGGGCACGGGCGGCCUGGGCGCCGAGGAGCGGCGCGCCCUGGAGCGCGAGCAGGCGCGCCACGGCGACCUGCUCCUACUGCCCGCGCUGCGUGACGCGUACGAGAACCUCACGGCCAAGGUGCUGGCCAUGUUGGCCUGGCUGGACGAGCACGUGGCCUUCGAGUUCGUGCUAAAGGCGGACGACGACUCGUUCGCGCGGCUGGACGCGCUGCUGGCCGAGCUGCGCGCGCGCGACCCCGCGCGUCGCCGCCGCCUCUACUGGGGCUUCUUUUCGGGCCGUGGCCGCGUCAAGCCUGGGGGCCGCUGGCGCGAGGCCGCCUGGCAGCUCUGUGACUACUACCUCCCCUACGCCCUGGGCGGCGGCUACGUGCUCUCGGCCGACCUGGUGCACUACCUGCGCCUCAGCCGGGAGUACCUGCGCGCGUGGCACAGCGAGGACGUGUCCCUGGGCGCCUGGCUGGCGCCGGUGGACGUCCAGCGCGAGCACGACCCGCGCUUCGACACCGAGUACAAGUCCCGCGGCUGCAGCAACCAGUAUCUGGUGACGCACAAGCAGAGCCUGGAGGACAUGCUGGAGAAGCACCAGACGCUGACGCGCGAGGGCCGCCUGUGCAAGCAGGAGGUUCAGCUGCGCCUCUCCUACGUCUACGACUGGUCGGCGCCUCCCUCGCAGUGCUGCCAGAGGAAGGAGGGCAUCCCCUGAGCUGCAGCCACAGCUGACCCACCACACGUCACAUGGCGCCGGCGGGAGGCCAGGACAGAUGCCUCAGGAGGUGGCCACCGCAGCGAGAGUCAUUCGGGGUCCUGUGGGGCCGCUGCUGAGGGGCCUCCCACUGGCCUUACACGGGCAAAGCUGGCCGGUUCGGCUAGUUACCCAGAAUGAGUCCAGCCCUCGAGGGGGCCGGGUGUAUUUGGCGACCAGUGGGGUUUUCAGGCAGAUGCCAAGCGGCCCCUAGGUCCCAGCUCUGGUGGGCACCCAGGCCUGUGCACCCCCGUGGCCGCCAUGGGGCCUCACUCCAGACCGCGUCUUGAUCCGCGUCUGGGCGACCCGUGGGUCUUGCCCGGGUGACACAUAAUGUCCAGGUGGCAGUGUCCUGUCCCAGGAUCUCAGCCAGCGUGGGCCUGGACUGGGAAGAUGCCCAGCUUUGAGCGUGAGGGCAGACAGCAGGGGCUUGCAGCCCCAGCCCAGCCUGCGCACCUGCUGUCUUCUCCCCAGGUGGAGGAGAGCAGUCAGAGGCCAGAGCCGACCGGCACUUGCGGGCCCUGGCCCCAAAACACGAAUCUGGACUUGUUCGGGGUUGGGGACUAUGUCUCGUCCCGCAUCCUGUGUUGACCGUCCACCUAGGAAAUCGCCACACCAAGAGCUGUGGCUAUAGGGAGGUGACCCUCGGGCUCUUGCAUGUUGCAGCUUUGUGUUGCACCCAGUGGCUUUUAUCAAAAUCGCCCUAGAUUUAUUGGGUUAGGUUACCUUUUAUGUUCCAUGUUGGUGUCAUUUGUCAUGUGGCAGUCUAAGAUUUAACUGUGUGUUUUGUUAUUUAGCUUCAGUGGUAUUUUGGUCUGUGUUGCUUUGGAGUGAAUCGUGAUAAAUGUAAUUCAGCACUAGUCUGUGACUUAUAAAUAUCGUAAAUUUGUGUAGAUAAGAAUUUAAGUUAGGAGUGUGUGGGUCUCCGUAUUUUUUAAAUUAUUUAAGGGAAGACUUUUCUAUCAGAACUUGGGCUUUGUGGAUUUAUCUGUUUUUACAGCUCGGGUUGUAGACUUGUUACUGCCUGUGUGUUUAAAUGUGGAAGAAUUCUAAAACUGUCCAUUUCUCUUUACAGUUUACACAAAAGUCAGUCCCAUUGUCUCUUUCUGAAAAGACUUUCCUUUUAAGGCUUCCUCGCGGCCAUGCAGGGGCAAGUGUUUCUCACACACACAUCUGUUAUGUUAGACUCUGGGCCCAAGUUCCAGGAAUCUGAGCCCUUGGAAGCAUCGGUGAGGUUUCCCACAUUCUGUCUUAAGAAAACAGGCUCUGCUGGCUGGCGUGACCUUUUGGAGACAGAAAAGCAUUCACGCGCACCCUCCUGGCUGAUCACCUCUCAUACCUAACACAUCCUCAGAAGAUCAGGGUUCUUUUCUCCCCAUUAAAUGUGAAAAGUGAGUGCUGUGGUCAUCACAAAAGUGAAAUAAAGAGGCUCCAGGACAGCCGUGAGCCCUUCUGUGAGCCCA